AUGGGGCUGGUAUCAACAGACUCUCUCCCUGAGGCCCUUCUCUCUGUAGCAGAGAAAACCCUCACCCCCCAGCCUCUCUUCAUGGGGCUCUCGGGGCCGCAGCUCUCCCGCAUAGCGCGUGAGGUGUACGUACACCUCAAAAACAACGGAAAAGAGGCGCUGGCGCAGCAGGCCAAAGUCCUUAUGGACCCUGACGCAAUCGCUAAAGCCCUCCAUCAGCUGCAGCAGCAGCAGCAGCAGCAGCAGCCGCAGCAGCAACAGCAACAGCAGCAGCCGCAACAACAGCCGCAGCAACAACAGCAGCCACAUCAUGCAGCACCGUGCACUGUUGCAUCGCCGUGCAAUGUUACUUCUUGCCCCUGCUGCAUGCACAGAGCUUCCCUCUUGGGGCCCCAGGGGGGGGCCCUCCAGCCGCAGAUCGUCCCUGUCUUGGUGCCGCCGCAGCAGCCCCAGUGGCAGCUGCCGCUGCCGCUGCAGCCGCCCCAGCAGCAGCCCUGCAUGCAUCCCCAGCCGCAACAGCAACCGCAGCUUCCGCAUGCUUGUGAGGGGCAUGCACAGCAACAGCAGCAGCAGCAACCCGAGCCACAGCAACCUCAGCAGGAGAAGCAACAGCCAGAACCGCAGCAGCAGCAGCAGCAGGAGGUGCAGCAGACGUCCCGCAAGGCCUGUGUUGCUCGUCUCUUGUUUGCUAUUGUAGCGGCGAAGUUAGCGCGCGAGGGAAUGCAGCAACUGCAGCAGAUGUACAAGAACAGCAGCAGCAGCAGCAGGAAGCAAGUUGUCUCCUGCGAUCCUGAUAAUUCAGGCAUGGGUUCUGUCUCCGUUGAGGGCCUUGCUGCUGCUCUGACCCCUGAGAGAGGUUUUUUCUUGGGGCUGCAGCAGGACCUGCUGCUGUCUCUGCAGCGUGUAGUCGCUGCUGCAGUAGACGGCAUCAAUGCUGCAAUGGGUGCAGCAGGGUACGCAGCACAGGGCCCCCAGGGGGCCUCUGCACGGCCUGGGGGGGCCCCCCGAGACCAGCUGGGGCUCAUCCCCGCGGAGCUGCCGCCUCUGUACUGCUCGAAGGCAGAACAGGGGAGAACGGAGCUAAGCAUCCACGAGAAGAAAGCUGGCGAGUUAAUAAACAAACUCCUCCGCUUGAGGGGAGCAAAAGCCCUAGACUCUACCAGCCCCACAACGCCUGAACACAUGCAGCAGCAGCAGCAGCAGGUGCAGCAGGUGCAGCAGCUGCUGCAGCAGCAGAUGCACGGGCAACGGGGAAUGGAACAGAACAAGACGCGUGGGGGUGAGAGUCAACGGCUGCAACAACAGCAGCAGCACAAACAUAAGCAAGGCAAGCAGCAGCAGCAGCAGCAGCAGCAGCAGCGGCGCGCUAGUGUAGCAGAGCAGCAGGACUCUGAUGAAAAGGCUCUGGACGAGGAGUUUAAAGGUGUGGAUGGUGGUCAUAUGUAUGCAUCUCCUCAGGGUUUCCUCCGUGCUGCUGAGCAGCACAAGGAUGCGUCUCCUUUGUCAGUGGAGCAGCAGCUGAGGUUCUAUGGUUUGUAUAAGAGAGCCACUGCCGGCAUCUGUCCCCCUAAACAGCCCUCUCGUUUUAACAUCCGCGAAUAUAAAAAAUGGGAGGCAUGGAAGGCUUGCAAUGGAUUGUCUGCCUUGGAGGCAAAAAGAGAAUAUGUGAAGAAGGCACGAGAGGUGAAGAAGCAGUAUGCGCGGCUGUAG